CUCCAAUAGCCUCGGCGGUUAUUGAUGUGCGGACAGUUUGAAACGGUUCGGGAAAGCGGCUGGAGGAGGCGGAUAGAGAUGAUGUCCUCCGAUGAGAGGAUUUCCAGCCCUAUGCUGCCUAAAGAUUCAGAUCCGGGUAGUUCAGUUUCUUCUGAUCUACAGGACGAGUAUGAAGAGCUCUUACGUUAUGCAGUAGUAACUCCAAAGUGGGAUUCUGGUGCCCUCAAACAGCCACAUUAUGUAACAAAGCUUGCAACAGGCAGCAAAGAUUCAAGUACAAUAAAAGGUGACCAACUUCCUCAGCAUUUUGCAGGCACGAUAUCAGAAAAAAGACAUGAAAACCCUGUAAGACAGAAGACUGCAGACACAGUAAUGACCCCAGACAAACUUGAUUCAGCAACGGUAGAAAAACCACCAGAAGAACAGGAAGUUCCCCACAGGACACCUAUUUCAUUUCUCUCAAAUACAGGUUUGGCUGUUGGACCACUUGAUUUUUCCGAAAGACUCCCGUCACAUUUGCCAGUUUCUAGAAAACCUGAAAUGUCUAACCCUGUAUGUCAGUUACCUAUUCCAGCUGAGAACCUGGACAGGGUAGAAAAUAUACUCAACACUGCUAGUGACCACCUCAAGGCUGAUGUUCUAUCUGAAAUUCGCCAGUGGAGGUUGUCAGUUAUUGAGCAGCACAAACAGGAAUUGCAAGAUGAAAGGAUGAAACACGAAGCUCAAAUUGCACAAAUGGCCUGUCAGACUGAGAACUUGAACCAGUUGAUUUGUACAUAUGAGGAUUCAGUUCGAAGAAAAGAUGAGGUGAUCACCAAUUUGAUCCAAGGCAUUCAGAAUCUGAAAGAGAAGAUAGAAUUGAUGCGCAGAUUUACACAAUGGCGACUUCAACAUUCAGAAGCAAAAAUGGAAGCUUAUGCAAAUACCCUGGCUGACAGACAUUAUAGAUUCUGCCUGAUGAAGAAAGUGUGUACAGCUUGGAAGUCAGAAAUGCAAACAGAAUGGAAAGAGAGAGUAGAAAAAGCAUGCCAAGCUCGUGCCGAGGAGGUCUGUAUCCAGUUAUCCAGGGAUUACGAGAGAAGGCUUGAUGCAUCAAAGGAGGAGCUGGAAGGAGCAAGAGCAGAGAUAAGACGGUUGUCAGCUGAAAAGGACAAGUAUACUGAUUCUAUGAAAAAGGCAUUCAUGCGUGGUGUAUGUGCUCUCAACCUAGAGGCAAUGAGUAUGUUUCAGAAUGGAAACAGAAGAGUGGAACACGGAGAGUCAGAGUCUAUGCACAGAAGAGAUGAUCCAGAUCACAGUUCUGUCUCUGUAUCCCAAGCCGCUGGAAGUUUGGUUGCUCCUAUUCCUGCAGCCUCAGAUUCUUCAAUUCCUUUUGAGUCUGAUCGGAUGGUUACUUUACAUUUUGGUUCCACAAAUGUUGCUCAAACCAGACCUGCAGAGGCAAGUACUCCACCAGCUGCUGGCACUGUGGCAUCUUCAGCAUUAGGAUUCCAAACCGCCCAGAAACUGCCUCCUGCUAAAUGUGUGACCUCGACACAGCAAAACACUGGGAAAACUAUAGUGGCACGUAUCACAGGGCGAUCUGACCCAUCCCUGAAAGGAGUUAAAUAUGGAUCAUGUCAGGGAGUGGCGCCUCCAAUGACUACAGUAUGUGUGGAAAGACAUCAUCCAAUUACACAGCAAACCAUUGGUCAAGGGACUGCAGCCAAGUAUCCUCGAUCCAACCAGCCCCUCUCAGGAGGGAAAGUCACAGGUCAGAAUGCAAAAUCACCCACUGUCAGCUGUGGUAUCCAAUCAAUAAAAGUUGUAGACUGAAUGUCACGUCAACGAAAGCAUCAGGAACCCAAUGAGUGGAAGAUACAUUGUGGAAACUGGUGAAAUCUCCAGUUUCUUCUAUAAGUGAAGACCAAGGAUCUUUUGAGUUGAGAUCAUUAUUAAUGCUAAUGACUUAACUUGUGAGCACAAUUGCAAGUGCGUUAUUGGGCAUUCAGCGUCCAAUAAAAGUAUUUGUGGCAUAUGUAGGGUUCUGCUUGUGCAAGGAGUGUAUCAACAAUUUUUAAAUGCUGUAAAAUUCAAUGUAUUCACUGCAUAGGGUUUAAAAAUGAUACCUCAACUUUUUGGCCUGUUGGCAAAAGAUCACUGAGUAGUAGCCAAGAUGCACCUCGGAAGGCAAAAUGCGUAUAGUUUUAAUAGAAAUGGGGCUAGGUUCUAUGAAGGUGCCAUGAGUUUAAGCACUAAAAUAUCUCCUACAGCAGAACUUUGGCGGGGGGGGGGUAGGGGGGAAUUAUGUUCUCAACCUUGUUUAAAAAUAUAGCACCAAUCGCUGUAUGAAUCCUCAUCUAUUUGCAGGUUAAGGAGAUGCAGCUCAUGGGUGAAAGUCGUAUAUAGUAUUUCCUACUGUUCUUCAAACACAUCAAAGUAGUUAACAGUGAAAAUGUGUUUAAUUGUUAAGUUACUAUUUAUAUGACUUGUGAUACUGCAAGUGGUUGUUGCAUAAAAAUAUAUUUAUAGGUAGUGCAGGAUCAAGUAGAGCUCUUAAAUAAUAUGAAUUCUCAGUUUCACUUCCAUUUCCUGUCAGCUGAUCUCAUCAUAAACCAUGGUAUAUUGUCAUAAAUUUCUUAAAUUAUCCCUCUUACUGCCACAGAUGAGCUGUCUAAGCAGCUAGUGACAUUGCAAGAUACAAAUCGCCACUUUAAUGAUACAGACCAUGGAAUUUGAACUUUUGACUGGAAAGCGUGUUCACAAACAUCUUUUUAUGUUUUAGUCUUGUAACAUUAUAACUGCUGUUGUUUUAUAUACUUGAAUUUUGGCCUUAGCAAUUUCCAUUUCUGGGUUUGUCAUUGGAAAUUUAAAAUCUACGAAUAAAUACACCUCUUAGAAACUUGCUGAAAUAGCAGACAGAUGUAUGACAGCAGAGCACCUACCUGCUGCCUUUAACAGGAGAAUGGUACAGUUCAAUUUGGGAACAGGAAUACUAAUAAUUUUUGAAACUGAGUGGUUUCCUCUACUUACUGUGAUUCAUUAUGGAUGAGAGGAGACAGUGAUAGAUUUGCAGUGUUAAGGGUGAGGGGAUGGUAGUUGUAUGGUUCAGGUCUAUAUGGCCCUACCUGUGUCUUAAAUUUAUUUUUAACUGCUCAGAGCAAAAUGUCCUUGAACCUGACUCAUUCAAUGUACUUCAACACACAGGCAUUGGGCUUAGCACAGCUCAAGGUUAGAUCAUGUUUUUCACUGGUCACCAGAAAUAGCUCUUUAUGUUAAUUUUCAUAAUUAAAAUCUGCUUGUGUAAAAAUUUGUUUGCCAAAUGUAUUUAUAGUUUCAAGAUCUAGUUUUGAUCAAUUUAUAAUUCCUAUUCAAUUGUACAGUUUUUGAGGUUUUGAUCAUUUUAAGAGCACAUGCAGUUUGACUUGAAAGUAUAAUUGUAAUUGACUUUUGUAUAAAUGUGUGUAUAUUUUUAAACUUUUGUAUUGCUAAUUUUUAACUUGUGAUUACAGUACUACAACAAAUGUGUCCUCAAUCUGCUUUCUUUCUUCCGCAAUAUAAAGAAUACAGAAAAUGUUCUUUGCAUAAUGGGCAUAUGAAAAAUGCCAUUUUUACAAAUUAUUGGUGCUCUAGCUUUAGCAUAAAGUAAAUUAUAUCUAUUUCAUAAAAUUAUACAAGCAACAAGUCCCACGAACAAAUAAAUAUAAAAAUUUUGACCUA